AUGGCAGUUGUUUUGAGAUUUGUUGACAAAAGUGGACAAGUGAAGGAGCGUUUGUUGGGAUGUUCUACACAUGGGUUGAGCAUAUCUAGUCUGAGAGGUCAAGGUUAUGAUGGAGCAAGCAAUAUGUCAGGUGAGUUCAAUGGUUUAAAAGCUUUAAUUUUAAGAGAGAACCCAUGUACUAUGUAUAUUCAUUGCUUUGCUCACCAGCUUCAGUUGGCAGUUGUUUCUGUGGCACAUAGAUAUGUUAUGCUUAGUGAUUUAUUUAACAUGCUUGCUAUUAUUGUGAAUUUGAGGCUUAAUAUUGAGGAACUUUCUGGUGGAACUGGUCAGUUUCAAGAAAUGAGUUUGGCACGUCUAGGUGAUACUAGAUGGGGCUCACAUCUAAAGACAGUUACUCGCUUUAUUAGUAUGCUUAAUGCGAUCAUAGAUGUUCUGGAGAAUAUAUCAGAAGUCGAUGACCUUUCACAAGCCUUACAGAAAAAGGAUCAGGAUAUUCAGAAUGCUAUAAGAUUAUUGAAGUUGUGUAAGUACGCAUUGCAGAACAUGAGAGACAAUGGUUGGGAUACUUUGUUGAGUAAGGUAAUUCAGUUUUGUGUUGAUAGACAUAUUUCAGUGCCCAAUAUGGAUGAUAUUAUAGUAUCAAAAGGUCGACCUAGUCCAAGAGAUUCAUUUGCAGCUUUUGAUGUAUGUAAUUUGGUUCGACUUGCUCAGUUAUAUCCUAUGGAUUUCAGUAGUGAAGAGCUUUUAUUACUUAGACCUCAACUUGACAAGUUUCUUAUGCUCGUAAGAAUGGAUGAAGCUUUCUUCAACCUCAAAAGCAUAUCUUGUGUAGCUCAGAAGUUGGUUGAAACUGGAAGUUCUUGUAAUUUUCCAUUGGUUUAUAGGCUGAUCACAUUAGUUUUGAUAUUACCAGUGGCAACUGCAAGUGUUGAAAGGGUAUUCUCUGCUAUGAAUCUAAUCAAGAAUGAUCUGCGCAACAAAAUGGGAGAUGAAAUGUUGAAUGGCAAUUUGGUAGUUUACAUGGAGAGAGAUCUUUUUAUGAAACUUGAGAAUGAGACAAUAUUGCAACGUUUUCAAAAUAUGCAACCUCGUAGAAUUCAGUUGUCUAAGCUUGCAAUUUCAGAGUAA